AUGGCCGCCGCUCCGCCACGCCCGCGCGGGGUGGCCUCCGGCACGGCGGCGCUCGCGCUCCUCGUCCUCCUCGCCGUCGCGGCCCCGCGGUGCCGCGUCGCUCGGGCGCAGCAGGGGUACGAGGCCAACGCGCAGGACGACUGCUACGGCAGGAACGACAGCACCGUGCUCGGCUACACCUGCAACGCCACGGCCGCCGCCGCCGCCGCCCCCUGCGCCUCCUACCUCGUCUUCCGCUCCUCCCCGCCCUUCUACCAGUCGCCGGUCUCCAUCUCCUUCCUCCUCAACCUCUCCCCGUCCGCCGUCGCCGACGCCAACGCCGUGCCCACCGUCUCCCCCGUCGCCGCCUCCCAGCUCGUGCUCGCGCCGGUGCCCUGCCGCUGCGCGCCGCGAGGCUACUACCAGCACAACACCUCCUACACCAUCAUCUCCAGCAACGAGACCUACUUCAUCAUCGCCAACAUCACCUACCAGGGCCUCUCCACCUGCCAGGCGCUCAUGGCCCAGAACCCCACGCUCGACAGCCGCCACCUCCUCAAAGGGAACAACCUCACCGUCCCGAUCCGCUGCGCCUGCCCCUCGGCGGCGCAGGCCGCCGCCGGGGUCAGGCACCUGCUCACCUACCUCGUCAACUGGGGCGACAGCGUCGCAGCCAUCGCCGACCGCUUCCGCGUCGACGCCCAGGCCGUGCUCGACGCCAACAGCAUCAGCGAAACGGACACCAUAUUCCCCUUCACCACGCUGCUCAUCCCGCUCAAGAACGCGCCCACGCCGGACAUGCUCGUCUCGCCGGCGCCGCCGCCCGCGCCUACCCCGCCGCAGGCCCAGCCUCCGCCGCAGUCCGGCGGGUCGUCUAGCGGGGUUGCCGUCGGGGUCGGUGUCGGCGUCGGCGCCCUUGCGUUGGCGGUCCUUCUUGGCCUGAUUUUCUUCUGUGUCCGGCGGCGGCGCCGUCGUACACGGCCCAGUGUUGGGGAAAACAGCGGCCGUCCGGGGAAGGUCAUGGCUAUGGACGCACCCUCCUCCUCCGAUUACGACCCGCUGGCGUCCGGGAAGCACACCACGGGCACGGCGACGACCUCCUCCUCGUCCUCCUCGGCGCUGGUGUCCGGCGACGCGCGCGCGGCGGCGGAGGCGAUGACCCUGUACAAAUACCCGGAUCUCGACAAGGCGACGGCGGGGUUCGCGGAGGAGCGGAGGAUCGCCAACUCGUCCGUGUACCGCGCGGUGAUCAACGGCGACGCGGCGGCCGUGAAGCGGGUGGCCGGCGACGUGAGCGGCGAGGUGGGCAUCCUGAAGCGCGUCAACCACUCCAGCCUCGUCCGCCUCUCGGGCCUCUGCGUCCACCGCGGCGACACCUACCUCGUCUUCGAGUUCGCCGAGAACGGCGCGCUCAGCGACUGGCUCCACGGCGCGGGCGUCGGCGGAGCCACGCUCGUGUGGAAGCAGCGCGUGCAGGCGGCGUUCGACAUCGCCGACGGCCUCAACUACCUCCACCACUACACCAACCCGCCGUGCGUGCACAAGAACCUCAAGAGCAGCAACGUGCUCCUCGACGCCGGCCUCCGCGCCAAGGUGUCGAGCUUCGCGCUGGCGCGGUCGGUCCCCGAGGGCGCCGACGGCGCGCAGCUCACGCGCCACGUCGUGGGCACGCAGGGGUACCUGGCGCCGGAGUACCUGGAGCACGGCCUCAUCACGCCCAAGCUCGACGUGUUCGCCUUCGGCGUCAUCCUGCUGGAGCUGCUCUCCGGGAAGGAGGCGACGUUCGACACCGGCGACAAGAGAGGGGAGGCGCUGCUGUGGGAGUCGGCGGAGGGGCUGGUCGUGGAGGGCGAGGACGCGCGCGGCAAGGUGCGGGAGUUCAUGGACCCGCGGCUGCACGGCGACUACCCGCUGGACCUCGCCGUGGCCGUGGCGUCGCUGGCGCUAAGGUGCGUGGCCAGGGAGCCCCGGGGGCGGCCGUCCAUGGACGAGGUGUUCGUCAAGCUGUCGGCGGUGUACAACUCCAUGCUGGAUUGGGAUCCCUCGGACUACGGCAACUCGCGAUCUUCCAUCGCCGGGAGAUAGAUAUCAGAUUUGUACUAGUAGCAUUUGUAUUUAGGCUGCAAAUUAAGAUGCAUUUUCCGCUCAUGUACAGAUUAUUUUGGGUACAAUCACUUCACUACAGCGAGAGUGAUAAAGUAAACAUCAGAACUGAGUACGUGAUUCAGU